UCAGACUGAGACGGAAACAGAUUGAACUAUAAGAGAUCGUCGUUGGAGUGAGUUCGCAAGGGUCGAGCUACAUAACACUGCUGGUUCAUAUUCAGUCUGCAGUCAGCUGGUGUUCCAAGAUCUUUUUCACAAGUACCAUUACCAAGCCAGAUGCCUGUGACAGUGGGAUCAUAUGGCCAGUCCCAGCCCAGUUGUUUUGACAGAGUGAAAAUGGGCUUUAUGAUGGGCUUUGCUGUUGGCAUGGCAGCAGGUGCACUGUUUGGCACAUUUUCUUGUGUCAGGAUUGGCAUGAGAGGGAGAGAACUGAUGGGUGGCAUUGGCAAAACCAUGAUGCAGAGCGGUGGAACAUUUGGGACAUUUAUGGCUAUUGGCAUGGGAAUCCGCUGUUAACUUGGAUUUCUUUUCUUCUUUUUUACCAUGAAGACUAAUGCCCCUGUUAGUCCAGAACCUGCUAUGUAAAAUAAUAAAACUUUGUACCAGGAAUAAGGUAAAA